GACCGGACUGGGGCUGAGGGAGACUCCGGGAAGGGGCCCGGGAGGGAGUGGCGUUGGGCAGAGCCCAGGAAACAGCCCGGAGGUUCUCCACUGAGGCCCGCGCUGAAGGCGCCUGAAGCGGUACCUGGAAGAGGGUGUUCCCCCUUUAGCGGAUUCGUGACCGGAGGAGGUUGUUGGGGGUCGCCCUUCCGAGGAGGCCGUGGCUAAAAGGGCCCAGAACUGCCACUGGAUGACCCAGAUUCCCUGUAAUUGAUAAUGUUGGAGAUCGGUUCUGCAACUUUCUUCCAUAUUCGUUUGUUAAAAACAAAUAGAAUGCAAGUUCCUCCACUCCAGAUUAUGAAAACAGUACUUGGAAAACUGAAAACUAUCUAAAUGAUUGUCUUUGGUUGGGCCGUGUUCUUAGUGAGCAGAAGCCUUGGCCAGGGUCUGCUGUUGACUCUUGAGGAGCACAUAGCCCACUUCCUGGGGACUAGAGGUGCCACUGCUACCAUGGGUAAUUCCUGUAUCUGCCGAGAUGACAGUGGAGCGGAAGAUAGUGUUGACACCCAGCAGCAACAAGCCGAGAACAGUGCAGUACCCACUGCUGACAUGAGGAGCCAACCCCGGGACCCUGUUCGGCCACCAAGGAGGGGCCGAGGACCACAUGAGCCAAGGAGAAAGAAACAAAAUGUAGAUGGACUAGUGCUGGACACACUAGCAGUCAUACGGACUCUUGUAGACAAUGAUCAGGAACCUCCCUAUUCAAUGAUUACAUUGCACGAAAUGGCAGAAACAGAUGAAGGAUGGUUGGAUGUUGUCCAGUCUUUAAUUAGAGUUAUUCCAUUGGAAGAUCCACUGGGACCAGCUGUUAUAACAUUGUUACUAGAUGAAUGUCCAUUGCCCACUAAAGAUGCACUCCAGAAAUUGACUGAAAUUCUCAAUUUAAAUGGAGAAGUAGCUUGCCAGGACUCAGGUCAUCCUGCUAAACACAGGAACACAUCUGCAGUCCUAGGUUGCUUGGCUGAGAAACUAGCAGGUCCUGCAAGUAUAGGCUUACUUAGCCCAGGAAUACUGGAAUAUUUGCUACAGUGUCUGAAGCUACAGUCCCACCCCACAGUCAUGCUCUUUGCACUUAUUGCACUGGAAAAGUUUGCACAGACAAGUGAAAAUAAAUUGACUAUCUCUGAAUCCAGUAUUAGUGACCGGCUUGUCACAUUGGAGUCCUGGGCUGAUGAUCCUGAUUAUCUGAAACGUCAGGUCGGGUUCUGUGCCCAGUGGAGCUUAGACAAUCUCUUUUUAAAAGACAGUAGGCAGCUGACCUAUGAGAAAGUGGACUUGAAUAGCAUUAGGGCCAUGCUGAAUAGCAACGAUGUCAGCGAGUACCUGAAGAUCUCGCCUCAUGGCUUGGAGGCUCGCUGUGAUGCUUCCUCUUUUGAAAGCGUGCGUUGCACCUUCUGCGUGGAUGCUGGGGUGUGGUACUACGAAGUCACUGUGGUCACUUCUGGCGUCAUGCAGAUCGGCUGGGCCACGCGAGACAGCAAAUUUCUCAAUCACGAAGGCUAUGGCAUUGGGGACGAUGAAUACUCCUGUGCCUACGACGGCUGCCGGCAGCUGAUUUGGUACAAUGCCAGGAGUAAGCCUCAUCUACACCCGUGCUGGAAAGAAGGAGACACAGUAGGAUUUCUGUUAGACUUGAAUGAAAAGCAAAUGAUCUUCUUUUUAAAUGGCAACCAGCUGCCUCCUGAGAAGCAAGUCUUUUCAUCUACUGUAUCUGGAUUUUUUGCUGCAGCUAGUUUCAUGUCAUAUCAACAAUGUGAGUUCAAUUUUGGAGCGAAACCAUUCAAAUAUCCACCAUCUAUGAAAUUUAGCACUUUUAAUGACUACGCCUUCCUCACAGCUGAAGAGAAAAUCAUUUUGCCAAGGCACCGGCGUCUUGCUCUGUUGAAGCAAGUCAGCAUCCGGGAAAACUGCUGCUCCCUGUGUUGUGACGAAGUAGCAGACACACAGUUGAAGCCAUGUGGACACAGUGACCUGUGCAUGGAUUGUGCCUUGCAACUGGAGACCUGCCCGUUGUGUCGCAAAGAAAUAGUGUCUAGAGUCAGACAGAUUUCUCAUAUUUCAUGACACAUGUGAAGAGGCAUCAUGGACUUAUUUCUACUCAAUUCCAGCCAAUGUUGAAGAGAAAAAACAAAGAAAAAAAAAAACAUCUCUAAUCAGUUGUGCGCACAUUGAAACUUAUAGCCAUGGCCAGAUUUUAUGCUAAAAAUGGUAGUUUGUCAAAGACAAAAUUCUCUUAGAAUCUAACCCAACUUGCCAGCCCUGAGAAAUUCCUUUUAAGGCCAAGGAAAGCUGAGUGCUAACAGCUAGGCCUGUGGUACUUCCAUGGAACACGCUAGGAGACAGUGCCCUCCCAAGUGCUGAAACCACACCGGAAUUCUCCCAUGUUGGGUUCAUGUGAAUGUCUAACAGGAUGUUUUCUCUCCUAUUCUAAAGUUUUUAUUUGGGGCAGAAGUCAUCGUGGAGAAGUAAAUGACAGCGGUUCUGGGUUAAGCAUAACUUCCAACCGGUCAGAGAGGCCCCGGUGUGUUAAGCGUGGAUAUUGCCCUGCAAAACUUGAAUCUAUAAACCAGAACCACACAGGUCAAUACUACAAGCAACAUGGAGGGCCCGAAAGAAGGUGCACAGACUGUGGAGAAAACCCAAUUUUUGAUAUUUCCGUGAUUCCAAAGAACAUUGUAGUUUUUUUUUAACUGCAGAAAACUGGUGUAUUUUCACAUUCAUGGUGUUUCUAUCCAGUUUCAGUAUCCGCAUUUUGUGAGGAAAAAAUGUUUUAACAAUGCGGGAGGAAUUCUUAAAUUAAUUGCAAUGUUAGACUGGAGAAAAUUUGGUAUUUAGGGUAUUUUUAAGGUACCAUCAAAUCAGGUUUUUUGUUUUUUGUUAAAAUUUUUUUUUAAUCAGUAUUGUUUCUGGAAGUAAUAUACUUUGAAACUCUUGAACUAACAGUCUCAAAAACUCUUAGAGGACAGUCUGAGAGCACGUAUUCCUGUUGUUUUAAAUAAAUACCUGUUUUUGAAUAGUAUAUUCAAUCAUGGAUUGCUGACUAUGUCUUCAUCAAAAGUGUUAAUCCCUCUCAGGGUCUCUGGUGAAGACCUUCAAGAGUUUGGUUUUUUCUCCCAGAAAAUUGGAAGGUAGAAUUGUAAAUUCAUAGAACUUAUUUUAUAAUGGUGUACCUCAGCAGCUGCCUUUCAAUUUAUGCCAAGUCCUUACUGAGUUUAUACUUGAAUAGUAAAUACGUCUUCUGAGUUUUACAGUGUCUUAAACUCAAUGCACAUCUUUCUUUCCUCCUUUCCUACCCUUUCUUGUUUGUAAUUCAUUAAACUGUCCUAUUAUAGAGAUGAUUUCCUUCCUGGCCGUACUUGUUGGGGUGCUGGAUUUUUUCCAUGUCUUUAGUCUUCCAUAAAUUCAAAUAUAUAUAUAAAUAUAUAUAUAUAUAUAUAUAUGUUCUCUUCUUUAGCUUGUGGUGAAUACAGUAAUUUGCAUUGAAGAAAUAAAACAUUUGUUGCCUUUUUUGAGUAAGAUUUCACAACUUUCAUUGGUGCCUGCUGCCAAGGUCCCAAGACCUCAUCCUCUCCGAUUUCAGGGCUACUUUCCAGGGCAGGAGAGAAUCAAGUAUUAGAUUUUAAGAAGCAAAGGUAAUCACUUACUCAUCCCACAGAUCUUUAUUGAGCACAUAAUAUGUUCUGGGUACUGUGCCUAAGUGGUAUACAAAACAGAUCUAUUCAUGGAGCUGCUGGUAGUGGGGAGAAGACAAUAUAUUUGUUUGUUAAUGCCUUACAAGAUUAGGGUGCUAUGAGAGAAUGAGGGGGAUUUAAUUUAGAUGGGUGGGAGGGGCAGAAGAAACCUCCUUGAGGAAGUAAUAUUAGUAAAAACUCCCUUUUUUAAAAUUUUUUUUUAAUGGUUAUUUAUUUUUGACAGAGACAGAAUGUGAGUGGGUUAGGGGCAGAGAGAGAGGGAGACACAGAAGCAGAAGCAGGCUCCAGGUUCUGAGCUGUCAGUACAGAGCUUGACGUGGGGCUCGAAUUCACGAGCUGUGAGAUCAUGACCUGAGCCGAAGUCGGACGCUCAACCGACUGAGCCACCCAGGCGCCCCAAAACUCCCAAGGAAAAAGUAGGACAUGGCCAGGCAGAGAGACUGAGUGAGGACAAGCUUCCAGGACUAUGUAGCUAUGGGAGCACAGCAUUACAGGUGAAGGCCUAACGAAGGAGAAAAGGAGCUCAGCCUCAGGAUCUGAUGGACGACCCCUGUAGCUAACAAGCGGGUAGAAUAGUACGCUCCCAUGUUGGAGAGGUGAGGAGAUUGCUCAUGAAGCCAUGUUAAACAUUUAGUAUUUUAUCCCAAGUUCAAUAGAAAGCGAAAGAGUUUAAGCUUUGUUAAAGUGCUUUGUUAAAUCAUUUUAAAAGAUAGCUCUGGCAUCUAUGUGGAGAAUGGAAAAGAGAGGUGUGGGGUGGGGGUACAAGACAGGACAAGCAAAAUAUGGAACUAGUAAGACCAGUAGAGGGACUUUGAAGUCCAGCAAAGAGGUGAAGGUGGUCUAUAAAUUUAGUGGAGAUAAAGUAGACAGAAUUAAUAGGUAAUCUGUCACAAAUCAAAGGAAUGCAGGAGCCUGUUAGCUUUCUAGGAAUCUACCCUUGAAUUUUGUUCCUAAGAUGGUCUAUUCCAAUUCUUCACUGCUAGACCAUAUGACAAAAGGACUUCAAUAUUGAUAAAGGUAUUCAGGAUGGAAGCAAAGUUAUAAUCUUGGAGCUGCUUCAAAGGGAAAGACCACAUAGAAAAAAAACUAGGGAACAGCAAGCAAUGUGGAAGAGAAUAAACAGCUUUAUAUUCUGCACUGCAUGUAAACAUUUUAAGAGAAAUUGAAAGCUAGGCUGGGGCAGGGAGGGGGAUUAAGUAAUGGCAUUUCUCCAAUGAUUCAUUGGGGUAAUGCUACUAGGGUUCCAGCCAAAAAAAAAAAAGGUUUUAGUGAAUUGCCGUCUUUUUGGAAUGAGAUUGAUAAAGCAAAGUAAAUUUGGUGCCAUUUGCACACCAGGAAACAGGAUUCAAUCACAGAAAUCAAUUUCGUUUGCAGAAAACGACUUUUGCAUGAAUUUCAAACAUCUUGAAUAUGUAUCCAUGAAACAAACUAUCCAACUAAGAUCAGCUCUUUCCAAGAUUGUCCAUUAUUCACUUAAAACCAUUUUUAAUGUCAGGGCGCCUGGGUGGCUUAGUCCGACUCUUGAUUUCAGUUCAGAUCAUGAUCUUGCAGUGGUGAGAUCAAGCCCUGUGUUGGGUUCCGUGCUGAGCACGGAGCCUGCUUAAGAUUCUCUCUCUCUCUCUCUCUCUCUCUCUCUCUCUCUCCCUCUCCCUCUCCCUCUCCCUCUCCCUCCC